GGGUUCUUCAUGAAAUCGAUGGAAUUGGAGAGAUUCAUGAGCGAAUCGGUGUAGAAGAAUAGUCCGCAUGCUUGUAAAGGAGUUUUCGACCUAAAAAAUAGGGAUAUUGAUUCGUAGCAAUGUCGUCUGCUUCCUCUUCCUCAAAUUCGAGCUUCAAUCGCGGAGUUUCUCAGGAGGUUGUUUGUGUUCAUGAAAUUGCAGCUACAAUUAACACCUCCCAUACUGAAAAGAAUCCUGAGAGGCGAUUCUAUUGUUGUAGUCGAACAAAGGCUGAAAAAUGUGGAUUUUGGAGAUGGAAGGAUCCAGAGCUUAGUUCGUACUAUAAGAUGUGCAUGAACAAGCUAAUUCUUCAACGAGACAAAGUGUCCGAGGAGCUGAAAUUAUGCAAGUUUAUGGGAGAGAUGCAAGCUGAAAAAUAUGAAGAUUUGAUGACACUGUAUGAAGUGAAAUGUGCAGAUGUAGAAGAAAUGAAGAUUGUGAUGAAGGAGCAAGAGCUUGAAAUUAGUAAUCUGAAGUGGAAACUUAGGAUUACCAAAUUGUUGUUAGUCUUAAUUGUUGGUGUUUUGGCAAUGAAUCACUUUCUGUGA